AUGCCUAUUAUAAUAAUUGCUGAUGCAGAUACAGAUAUUUUGAUUAUGAAGAAUGGAGAAGGAUUUGCUAAAAUAACAUAUCAAUCAGAACUUAAACCCUACGCCCUGUCAAAAAACUGCAAAGAAGUGCGUGAAUCAGUCUUAGAUCUUAAAAGUCAUCCUUUUGCAACAGGACUAGGGAGUUAUGGAUCUCAAGUAGACUCAAAGCCAAAUUAUGGCCCAAAAUUUGGAUUUAUUUGCGAUGGAGGCCGAGAAUUAAUUGUUAAUGGCCGUUAUAAAAUUAAUGAUUGGUUUUGUGUUGAUCCUCCCGAUAGAGGUUGUGGUAACGCGUUAGAACUUCUCUGCCUGAAAGUUGAAGGAUCAGAUGACUCUUUUUGGUAUUUGCCAAAUUAUCAAUGGACUCUUGUCUCUUCCAUUUCUUGUCACCCACAAGAAGACAAAGAUGGUAAAAAGUAGAAGCUAUG